AUGUCUGCAAUCCAGAAGAAUCUGGUGGAGAAGAAUGAGGAGUAUGCGUCAAAGUUCACGAAAGGACAUUUAGCACUUCCCCCUGCAAAGGCAUACCUCGUCUUAACAUGCAUGGACGCGCGCAUUGAUCCUGCCGCAGCAUUCGGCAUCGACCUCGGCGACGCGCAUGUUAUCCGCAACGCCGGUGCCAGCGCCAAGGACGCGCAGCGUUCCAUCAUCAUAUCAGAGCAGCUCCUCGGCACAAAGGAGAUCCUACUUGUCAAGCAUACCGGGUGUGGCAUGCUGACGUUCUCCAACGAGGACGCUCAUGGGCUCGUCAAGAAGAACCUCGGCGCUUCUGCCGCUGCCGAGAUCGGGACUCUCAACUUCUUGCCCUUUUCGGACCUGGAACAGGCUGUGAGGGACGACGUCGAGUUCAUCAAGAAGACUGAGACUAUUCCGAAGGAUGUGACUGUCAGCGGCUGGGUCUAUGAAGUAGAGACUGGAAAGGUUAAGCAGAUUGUGUAA